GGGGAUGUUUGUGAGCACUUCAUUCACAAGUGAAGGAGUCUGGAGGUUUUUCAUGGCUUUAACUUGAACAAAGUCCACAUAUUAAAGGUGCAGAUCUACGGGAUACUUUGCAGCAGCGUUACCACAUGGACGUGAUGAGACUGAUCCAAAGGCGGAUUCUUCCCAGGAAGUGGGUCCAGGCCGUGUGGCUGUGUUGUGUGUUUGCGGGUUGUGUGCAGAGCUGUCCAGAAGGCUGCAGUGUGUGUUCAGAAAAUAACCAGUGUCAAGGAUGUAAAGCUGGAUGGACACUGUAUGUUAACACCUGUGUAGAUACUGACGAGUGUGGCACAGAGGCAGGAAACUGUCCUUAUAACACCUACUGCUUUAAUACAGAAGGCUCAUUUGAGUGCAGAGGUUGUGACCCAGCCUGUGCAGGCUGUAUGGGUGGUGGACCUGCACGCUGCAGGAAAUGUGCCUCUGGGUACAGACUAGCAGGAGCCAGAUGUUUGGAUGUAGAUGAAUGCAGUGACCAGGUACUGGCCUGCCAUGGUCUGGAUGAGAUCUGCACAAACACUGAGGGGUCUUUCCAGUGUGACUGCGCUAAAGGAUUCAUGCGAGCCGGCGGCAUUUGUGUGAAGAAGCAGCAGCCGAUCACUGAGGAGAAAGGUCUGUUUGACGACAUGCAGGAUGAGGAGGUGGAGGUGCUGCAGCAGAUGUUCUUCGGCGUGGUGCUGUGCGCCCUGGCCACACUGGCUGCUAAAGGAGAUUUGGUCUACACCUCGGUGUUCAUGGGUGCCCUGGCAGCCAUGGCAGGGUACUGGCUGUCUGACAGGGGAGGACGCUUAUUAGACGGUUUCAUAAAAGGACGGUGAAGCUCAAAAAAAAAAAAAUACUGUUUAAAGCUACAGUGUGCAUGAUUUAGGGGAGUUAAUUAGCAGAAAUGGAAUAUAGCAAUCAUAACACUGUUCAUUAGUGUGAAUUAGUGUAUAAUUACUUUGACGUUUUCAUAUCUACAUAGGGUCCUCUUGAGGGAGUGGGAGUGGACCCUCUCUUGUAGGGAGUGGCCUUCUCAUGGAACACUGAAGAAAAAGAAGAGGAAUCAGUUGUUUCCCUCUAUUGUCCCCUGCUUGUUUGUGCAGGCAAACAAGUUGAGAACCCUCAUUUUUGUGAAAUGGAGAAUUAAGGUACCUUGACACUUGCACAAAUUUGAUGCAUGCACAGCAUGCAACCUGGCAUACCAAGGCAAGGCAAGGCAAGUUUAUUUAUAGAGCACAAUUCAUACAGAAGGAAAUUCAAAGUGCUUUACAAUUACAGAAAUUUACAAUCAGAUAUAAUCAAUUCAUAAAUUUGAAAAAAAUCAUUAAAAAUUACAUUAAAAGGAAAAAAGCUAAUAAAAUACUUUCAAUCAUCAUAUGCACAGGUAAAAUAAACUGUUUUCAGCCUAGAUUUGAAUAUUGUCAAAGUUGAGGACUGUAUAAAAGUGGAACGCAGCCUCUCCGUGUUUAGUCCUCACUCUGGGAACCACAGAGUAAACACUUUGUAAACCCUGCGCAAAGAAAAUUUUGAAAUGUUCAAAAUCUCUGGCAUUCAUUAAUUUUGUGAACUUCAUGUGAACAUUGUGCAAACAAUUCAAAAACACUGUCAGUGCAAGUCACUACGUCAUCACAACGCAACUCAUCUGAUCAACAAUGAGGAGAUGUUAAAUCUAUCAUAAACAUAAUUUUACAGAUACUCAUAAGAAGGAAUAAAAAUGCAACAGUUUUACCAAGCCAUUACAAUAUAUAUUACAAAU